CACACACAGUACGUACAAGCCUCUCAUCAGCAAUGGAGUCCACCAAGCUCUCCGCGCUGCUGGUGCUCGCCAUGCUCGCGCUCUCCUCGUCCCCGCUCGCUCUCGCGUGGGAGAAGGCGGAACCGGAGUGCCACUCGUGCGAGUCCGGCUCGCCACCCUCGACCGGCGGCGUCCCCCUGCCUCCCGUCAGCAUACCGUCAGUCCCGCUGCCCCCUGUCAGCAUACCGUCGGUCCCCCUGCCCCCUGUCAGCAUACCGUCAGUGCCCCUGCCGCCGGUGACCCUCCCUCCCAUUCCGAUCGUUGGGGGAAGCCCGAGCCCGACGAAGAAGGGACACCGGAAGGCGUGCCCACCGCCUCCGUCUCCCCCGACGCCGACACCCACGCCCACGCCGUCCUCGGACAAGUGCCCCAUCGACGCGCUCAAGCUCGGCGCCUGCGUGGACGUUCUCGGGAACGAGGUGCACGUCGGCGACGCCAACGUCCAGUGCUGCCCGCUCGUGAAGGGCAUCGCCGGGCUCUCCGCGGCGGCGUGCCUUUGCACCGCCAUCAAGGCCAAGGUGCUCGACAUCUCCGUCUACGUGCCCAUCGCGCUCGAGGUGCUCGUCAACUGCGGCUGCGCCGUCCCGCCAGGCUACAAAUGCACUUGAACGAUUCCAUCCCAUUCCAUUUCCAUUUCCACACAGCACACGUGCACAGCAAAACGUCUCCUUUUACCCUCCCGAUGCAAAGUUUGAAAAGGCUCGUCGACGGAUUUGGGUGGUAGCCGCCCGCGCGCCGCCGGGCUGUUCAGCAAGUGCAUUCCUUCAUUUGUUUUGCUAUUCUCGUUGCAUGCCUGUAUAUGCAUCCGGUGUCUCCUCAAAUUCCACUUGUACUUUGUGUGAUUUUGUAUCAAACUAUUCUCUUUUUUUGGGAUU